UUUCAUUUCCCACUCCAGAUUCCAUCCAGCCAAACACGCACUUAAAUCCACCACUCUUAUUAUUUUUCCCACUUUCCCAGAAAACCCUACCUUGCGCUAUGGUGCGCACUACGCCCCCCUUUAUAAACCCCUCCCUCCCUCCUCCACUUUUUUCCCACCACAAAACAAAUGCUGCUUUCGGUGUUCCUCGCACUCUUUCUACCGUGCGCCGGCAUGAGCGCAGUGUUCGUGGUCUACAUGUGCCUCUUGUGGUACGCCGCCAGCCUCGCCCGCGACACCGAUCACGACGACACCCGGUUGCCGGUAAAACAGGCGGCGGGGAUAGGGCUCUCCGCCUCGGAACUCGAGAAACUGCCGAGAAUCACCGGCAAAGACUUGGUUCUGGGGACGGAGUGCGCGGUGUGCCUGGACGAGAUGGAGUGGGACCAACCGGCUCGGCUGUUACCCGGUUGCAAUCACGGGUUUCAUCUACAAUGCGCCGAUACGUGGCUCUCUAAGAAGUCGGUCUGCCCUGUUUGUCGAGCCAAGCUCGACCCUGAGUUUCUAAAUCCUCCCCAAAACAAUCCAUGCUAAGCCUAAACACAGAGCUCUCCUCUGUUUCGCGUUCCAAUUCUUGUGGCUUUGGUAUUAAGCUAGUACGAUUAUACAAAAUACAUAUUUCUUCAUAUCUGUAUGUAUAGUUGGAUGUGUUUUGGUUCAAUGUAUGUAUAAAGUUAUAAACGUAUUGUUUUGAUCACUUUGGUCUUUACGUUUUUU